CUUACCCCAUUUCUCCCUCUCCUUUUUCAUAUUUUUCCUUCCCCCCCCCCCCCCCCCCCCCCUCUCUCUCUCUCUCUCUCUCUCUCUCUCUCUCUCGCUCGCGACUGAAUCUGUCCUCCUCCUCCGCUAUCUACAGCUUAUAGCAGCGGCGAGGCAUAACCUAGUGGUGGUGGUGGGAGCCUGAUUUGGAUCGACCACGUACAGAAAAGAUCAUGGCCGUGCAAGCGCAGUAUCCCUCCAAUUUUGCUUUCUCCCCGGAUUUCCGCGGCCGGACCGGGAACAAUGUAAUGGAAGACCUCCAGAUGCUGCUGGAACAUCACGAUAUGUUGGGCCGGUACAGCACCCACCUCGGUGGCGUUAACAAUGCCACCGUGUUCAGUGAUCCCCAGAGCGAGCUUACAUGCUUUGCCUCCGGGACGAGGAAGCGGGCGCGGGAAGAGCCGCCCGCGGUGGUGCUGCAAUCUAACCUCGAGUCCGUCUUGCCGCCGUUCUGCUACCCUAACCUCGCGACGGUAACAGCUGUCCCGGAGAGGGCUGUUGCUGCCGCCUUAUCCGCCCCCGGCUGUCAUCAGACCCGCCUGCUCGAUUCCGGCGGUACCUCCACCAGCGGUCGGCCCGCGUCCCCUCUCACCCAAGAUCUCGUCUCCCAUCUCUCUUACCAGAAUGCCGAGAUCGAUGAACUCAUCCGCCUUCAGAGGGAACGACUGCGGAGUGGGCUGGAGGAGGUGCGGAAUAGGCAUUGUAAGGCGCUGCUAUGGUGCGUGGAGCAGCGGGUGGCGAAGAGGCUGAGGGAGAAGGAGGCGGAGCUGGAGAAGGCGCGGCGGUUGAACGCGGAGCUGGAGGAGACGGUGCGCCAGCUGACCGCGGAGACAGAGCUGUGGUUCGGUGUUGCCAAAAACAACGAGUCCGUCGCCGCCAGCCUGCGGGCUAAUCUCGAGCAGGUCCUCCUCCACAACGCCGCGACCGCCCAGGUCAAGGAGGGCUACGGCGACACCGACGACGAUGCCCAGUCAUGCCGUUCGGCGGUGGCGGAUAGGAGGCACGCUUCGUCGCCGGCGACGGAGGCGGAGGAGGUCCGCCGGCGACCGUGGGCGGCGUGCAGGUCGUGCGGCGAAAGGGACGUGUGCGUUCUGCUGCUCCCCUGCAGGCACCUUUGCUUAUGCAAGAUCUGCGAGUCAAUGAUAGACGCGUGUCCAGCGUGUGGUUCCGCUAAGAACGCGUGCCUUCAGAUCGCGAUGUCGUGAAAAUCUCGGCCGUCCGUUUCGGUCCCUUUUAUGAGUCCUGUUAUGUAUGGACUUCUCUUUGUAAGACCUGCACAUUUAUUUCUUGCUAAAGAUUUUCUAGAUUUAAAGCAUUUA